AUGCCGAUGGAACAAACCUACGAGAUCGAGGACUUUGUUCUCAGUCCAAACGAGAUUGAUAUCUCGGCCUCUGUCCCAAAACUGAAGGGACAAUCAAACUUCAGUGACUGGCAAACUGCUCUUUACCUUGCCCUCACUGCCAACAACCGGUAUUAUUCGCAUAUGAUUGCUAAGGGUAUUCCACAGCCUGAUUCAAUAGACUUCCGCAAAGCUCGAAAAGCUCGAAAAGCUCGAAACCCGACCCGACUCGACUCUCAAAAGGGUCGGGUUUCGAUCUUUUCGGAAGUCUAA